AUGGUGGACUUUCUUGUGAUGAAGGCUCCCUCCUCCUACAACGCGAUUCUAGGACGCCCAUCCCUGAACCACAUGAGGGCAGUAACCUCCACCUACCAUCUGAAGGUAAAAUUUCCAACUCCUUUGGGCGUAGGUGAAAUGCAUGGCAAGCAAAAGCUAGCAAGAGUGUGCUAUGCACGAGAAAUGAAAACUGAGGCAAUCGAAGUUCAAACUCUCGAGGAAGACUGGGAAGAAGCCAUCCUGCUGCUGUUGCGGUCUCUAACAGAGCUGGACAAAGAAGUAAGAGACAGGGAGGCCCUACGACAAGUAGAGCCCAACGAACCUCUGGUUCUUGUACCAGUAGAUCCAGGAAGACCGGAUCAUACUAUCCGAAUGGGGACUAAGAUGGCCAUCGAGCUGAGUCAGUCCAUGAAGCAACUCCUCGCCGAACAUUGGGACGUGUUCACAUGGAGUCACGAAGAGAUGCCUGGAAUUGAUGUGUCCAUCAUUCAACAUCGUCUCAGUGUGGACACCAAGGCGAAAAGAACCAAGCAUAAGCACUGCAGUUUCAGUGCAGAGAAGUAUGCGGCCAUCCCCGAGGAAGUAAACAGGCUCCUGGCUGCGGGGUUCAUCGGAGAAGUCCAUUAUCUUGAGUGGCUCUCCAAUGUAGUCUUGGUAAAGAAAGCAAGUGGAAAAUGGAGGAUAUGCAUGGAUUUCAUUGAUCUAAAUAAGGUCUGCCCAAAGGAUAGCUUCUCCCUACCGCGUACAUAUUUGAUAGUAGGAUUCGACGGCCGGACACCCCUUGCUCUACUUCAUGGAUGCAUACUCUAG